AUGUCCCGUGCCAAAGAAGGAGAACCUGCAGACGGUCAACCUACCAACAACACUACGACUACCACCACCACUCAACCUACAGCAACCGCCGACCCUCGAUUGAGUGAAACCAAGGGCCCGCAAUAUAUAUAUACAGGUGCCGGUAUCAUCCUUAAUCCCAUGGCUACCUCGCCAACAGCAGCAAAUGGCGUCGCAGUCUCUGGAAUGACUUCUCAACGUGAUUCAUUGACUGCCGCUCAACAACAAACUAUGGAUGCCAAUACCUCGGGCCGUCAACCGCGAGCUGCUGAUGGACAACCUGUUUCUUCUCCACAAGCUACUCCAGCUGCUAGUUCAGCCAAGUUGCAUCAUGGAUCAGCAUCAAAUCAGAAUAUCGUUGGUGUACAUUACAAGGUCGGGAAGAAGAUUGGAGAAGGCAGUUUUGGUAUUAUUUAUGAAGGUGUAAAUCUCAUGAACAAUCAACCUAUUGCUGUCAAAUUCGAACCUCGAAAGAGUGAUGCUCCUCAAUUACGUGAUGAAUAUAGAACAUACAAGAUUCUCUCUGGCAGUGUUGGUAUCCCGAACGUUUACUACUUUGGACAAGAAGGUCUACACAACGUUCUGUGUAUAGACUUGCUUGGUCCAAGUUUGGAGGAUAUGUUUGAUUUGUGUAAUAGGAAGUUCAGCUUGAAGACAGUAUGCAUGGCAGCGAAACAGAUGCUAUCAAGGGUGCAAACAAUCCAUGAAAAGAAUCUUAUAUAUCGAGAUAUUAAACCUGAUAACUUCUUAAUUGGUCGAUUGCCAAGGCACAACGAGGCUCCUCUUGUCAUUGGCCAAGACCCAGUAAUGAUUCUACCAAACCACACCGCUGCCCACCCUCAUCCAGCCUCCAUAGUAUAUAUAGUUGACUUUGGUAUGGCAAAACAGUACAGGGAUCCCAAAACCAAACAACACAUUCCAUAUCGAGAAAAGAAGUCUCUUUCUGGAACUGCCCGAUAUAUGAGUAUAAAUACGCACUUGGGCCGAGAACAAUCCCGUAGAGACGACUUAGAGGCUUUGGGUCACGUAUUCAUGUACUUUUUGAGAGGAUCAUUACCGUGGCAAGGUCUCAAGGCAGCCACCAACAAGCAAAAGUAUGAAAAGAUUGGAGAGAAGAAGCAGAGUGUCAGUGUUAAGGAAUUGUGUGAAAAUUUCCCUGAAGAAUUUGCGUUGUACCUUACAUAUGUCCGCAACCUCAAAUUCGAAGAAGCACCAGAUUACGACUAUUUGAAAGGCCUGCUCAACAAAGUGUUGACCAAAAUAGGAGAGCAAGAUGACGGCAUCUACGAUUGGAUGGUGGUAAUGGAUCAACAAAGGAAGGAGAAGGAACGACAACGAGAAGCUGAACGUGAAGCUCGAGAAAGAGAACGAGCAGAACGUGAACGUGCUUACCGUGCCUUUCAAGCAGCCAAUGGCAACAAUCCCAAUGCAACAGGAGGUCCCAUGCCACCAUACGGCGUUAGUGCCAGUAGUAAUAUGGCUAUAAUAUCACCCACCACUGCCCAUCCGAACUCAUCACCUGUCCCACCAAGCAGUAUGCAAGUGUUGACUGGUGGUAAAGGCAACAACACUACUUCAGGACGAGAAUCGAGCACUCCAAACAACAACCGAGUAUCAGGUGGCGGAACAGCAAACUCACCCAUGGUCCAUGGUCAAUCUGGUCUCCGACAAGAAGCCUCUCAAGUUGGAACGACCGAUGCUAUACACGCAGAUUCCAUGCAACGUAAAAACAAUGGUAAUGGUGAAGCACGACCACCCAUGCCAAAUAGUAAACCAAGGGUCAGCUCUAAUGACGGCAAAAAGAAGAAGUGGUGGAAGAGGCUGUUUUGUGGUGGUGAUUCAGAAUAG